CACAGGCAAGCGAACGAUGGCUGCCCCCCCGCUCUCCGCGCUCUCCUGCCAGAACCUCUGGUUCUCGUACGAGGUCGCCGAGAACAUCUCCACCACCGCCAAGUUCGUCGGUGAUGACGUGACAAAGGCCGCCGCCAAGAAGGGCACCCAAGCGCACGGCACGCACGACGGCGGCCUCUCCAUGGACAUGCCCCGUCAGCAGCACCUGUCGGGCACGCGGGCAGCGUACAAACUGCAGCUCGAGGACGUGAGCUUCUCCCUGCCCGCCGGCUCGCGCACCCUCCUCCUCGGCGCCAACGGCGCGGGCAAGUCGACGCUCCUCUCGGUGCUCGGAGGCAAGCACAUGGUCGAGGAGGGCAUGGCGCGCGUGCUCGGCCGGCCCGCCUUCCACGACACGUCCCUCGCAACGGAGCUGGCGCUGCUGACCGGAAACUGGACGCACACGGUCGCCUUUGUGGGGCACAACGUCCCCUACCAGGCGAUGGAGGUCUCGCGCCUCAUCGAGUCGCACUCUGUCGGCGUCGACGCGACGCGUGUGCAGCGGCUGGUCUCGCUGCUCGAGGUGGACUCGAGUUGGAACCUGACGACAGUCUCGGACGGGCAGCGGCGGCGCGUGCAGAUCCUGUGCAAGCUGCUCAAGCCCUCGUCCGUCCUCCUCCUCGACGAGAUCACCACCGACCUCGACCUGCUCGCGCGGCAGGAGGCGGAGGAGCGGGGCGUGACCAUCGUCUACUGCACGCACAUCUUCGACGGCCUCGAUGACUGGCCCACCCACAUCGCCUACGUCUCCAAGGGAAAGCUCGAGUUUUGCAAGCCGAUGGCCGAGCUGGCGACGCUGCUCCUGAGCGUGGCGCGCGGCUCGCGCUCGCUGCUCGUCGGCGCAAACGGCGCCGGCAAGACGACGCUGCUCCGGCUGAUUGGCGGCAAGCACAUGGUCGCCGACGGGCAGCUGCACGUGCUCGGCCGCGAGGCGUUCGGCGACACGAAGCUCAACACACUCGUCUCGAUGCUCUCGGGCGACUGGACGCGGCAGGCGGAGACGAGCCCCGAGAGAGAUGGGCCGAGAGAGCUGCGCGCGGCGGCGGGGCCGUCGUUUUCUGCAUUCGGCGUGCCCUUCCAGGCAGACUUCUCGGUCGGCUUCAUGGCCAAGGCGUUCGCCGACUCGCUCGUCCGCGACGGCCUCCCGCAGAGUGUCGUCAGCGCGCGGCUCGAGCGGCUGACGAGCUUGCUCGACCUCGACUUCGAGUGGCGGCUGCACAAGGUGUCGGACGGGCAGCGGCGGCGCGCGCAGCUGCUGCUCAAGCUGCUGCGCCCGUCGGAGCUCCUCCUCCUCGACGAGGUGACGACCGACCUCGACGUGCUCUCGCGGCAGGCGCUGCUCCAGUUCCUGCGCGAGGAGACCGAGCAGCGCGGCGCCUCCGCCACCGACUCGGACGACGCGGAUGAGCAGCCGACGAAGCGCACCGCCCGCCGCGCCGAGGCGGCGUCGCUCGACGUUUCGGCUUGCCCCUCCACCGUUUCCGCGAUGGAGACGGAGCCGGCGCAGCCGCCGCCAAAGCCGACGGCCGCCUCGAAGUUCGACCGCUUCGGCGGCGCGUCGCGCCAGUCGAUGUACGCGCGCUGAUGGCCCGGGCUGGGGGCGCGCUGAUGGCGCGAGCUCGCGCAGUCGUCCACCUAUUUCUACGCCGAAGGCGGUGCCGCCCCGCGCCGCCAUCGCCCACCGCGCGCUCGAACACGGCAGAACUCCGUGCGAAUGCUGCUGCGGCGGGGUCGGGGGAAGGGGGUCGAGGGGGCAAACACUGUGGACCGCUCACCGGGAGA